AGCUGCCCGCCCGGCGCGCUAUCGCCUGCCAUCGGGGAACUGGCGGAGCUCUCUUCGCUGGUCUUCCGCAACUCCUGCCUCGCUGGCGAGUUGCCGGAUUCCGUCACGCGCCUCCAAAAGCUGACGGAACUCGACAUGCCCGAGAACGACUUCUCCGGCCCCAUCCCGCCCGGCCUCUUCCUCCUGCCCGCGCUGCGCCGCGUAGACCUGACCGCGAAUGGCGGCGACGUCCUUUCGGGGUCGCUUCCCGACGGCCCCGGCGCGUACUCCCCGUCGCUGGAGGCUGUUCUCCUCGCCGGGAACGCGCUCUGGGGGGAGCUCCCGCGCGCGCUUCUCCGCGCGCCUGCGUUGCGCGAGGUGCGCCUGCAGGGCAACAACCUCACGGGGGAGCUCCCAGCGGACGCGGGGGCGUACUCGCGGAGCAUCGAGGUCCUCUCCCUGCGCGGCAACAGCCUGUCCGGCGCCAUCCCCGCCGCGCUGGCGGAAAUGACGGCGCUGACGCACCUGGACCUGGGGGAGAACCGCCUGGACGGCAGCAUUCCCGCCGACCUGUUCGUAGUGGAGGACCAGCGCACGGGGCAAAGGGUUGCCAUGGGUGGCAACAACCGCGUCUUCCUCAACCUCAGCGGCAACAGCCUCAUGGGCAGCCUGAAAGCUUUCUCCGUGAUGCAAGACGCGAGCUUGGACCUCUCGCACAACAACUUCUCGGGCAGCAUUCCGGAGGCGUUUUUCGGCUCGCAGCUCCGUGCGGACUUGCGAUUCAACCAGCUGUCGGGACCGCUGUUCACCGAGCGAGCCAGUGAGAAUCAACUAGCGGCAACGAGCAGACAUUGGCUCCAUUAUGAAGAUCAGGAGGUCUGGGAGAGCGUGCGCGUGAACAACAACAGUGAGUCUAUGGGGCGUGCCGUGGGCCCGGGUUACCUGCCUGCGCCGUCGCCUGGCGUGGAAGCCUCUGCUGCCGAGACGGCUGCGCUGCUGGCCGUGCGAGAUGCGCUCCUGGGGGGCGCAGGGGGGGCCACAGGGGGGGCAGCGGAGGGGGGAGCAGAGGGGGGAGCAGUCGUGGAUGGCGGAAACAGCACGUGGGCGGAGCUAUUGAGCAGUUGGGGUGUGGGCAGCAGCAGUGCAUGUGCGUGGUACGGCGUGGGGUGCAUGGCAGACGGCCACGUGGACACCCUGCACCUGCUGGGCGACCAAACCGUCACGCUGCACGCCAACUUCGUGCCCGAUUCGCCAGACUGCAACUUCGGCCAGUUCCAUCACGUUAUCUGCACAUCAGAGCCCCCGCCCCCCCCUCCGUCUGUGCAGUUCUUCCUCAAGGGCUUGCCUGGCGGGAAUGGUGUGAGCGGGUGGCUGUCGUUGGCGUUGGGGGAGCUGACCCGGCUGACCUCGCUGCGCAUCUCCCACCACACUCUCUCCGGCUCCCUCCCCGCCUCCCUCUCCCUCCUCUCCCACCUCGUCUCCCUCGACCUCGCCUCCAACCGCCACCUCUCCGGCGCCAUCCCCCCCGCCCUCUACGCCUUGCCCGUGCUCACAGAACUCACCCUGCGCGGCAACAGCCUCACGGGCGACGUGCUCCCCAGCAGCACCCCUGCAGCGGCCCUGUCGCCCUCCUUGGAGUCGGUGGACAUGGGGGGCAACCAGCUGACGGGGUCCAUUGCAGCCAGCAUCGGCGCUCUCUCCUCGCUCACGCGCCUGGCUCUGGACCACAACCGCCUGCAGGGCAGCAUUCCAAGGCAGCUUGGCGCGCUGUGGAUGCUCAGAGACCUGCAGCUGCAGGGGAACGCCCUGCAGGGAGACCUCACUGCACUCGCUGCUGCCUUCCACCCCGCCGCUGAUGCUGCUGUGGAUGCUGCUGCCAAUGCUGCGGCCGACGCUGCUACUGCCCUUUCUGGCUCUGGUGGAUGCAGUGCGGUGCAGAGCGGUGCCGAGGUUCGGCUGGGCCACAAUGCGCUGAGUGGGAGCAUCCCCGAUUCUGUCUUCUCCCCCUGCCUCGCCCUGCUCGACCUCUCCCAUAACCAGCUCUCCAGCCCCAUCCCACCCUCUCUCCAGGGGAGAAGCAAGAAUCCAUCCCUUCUCCCUCUCUCCCACUUGGACCUCUCCUACAAUCUCCUCUCUGGCUCCAUUCCCCCCCACCUCGCCUCCUCGCUCUCCUCCCUCGCGCACCUCUCCCUGCGCAGCAACCUGCUGUCGGGCUCGCUGCCCCCAUCUCUCACCCUCGCUCCCACGCUCACUCACCUGGACCUCUCUCGCAACAAGCUCAAGGGCUCCCUGCCUGCCUUGUGCAGGGGCCAGCAGCGCCUCGCCACUCUGCUCCUCUCCUCCAACACCUUCUCCGGCCCCCUCUCCUCCCUUCUCUCCCCCUCCUCCCCCUGCACCUCCUCCCUCCUCUCCCUCAAUGUCUCCAGCAACCAGCUCUCCGGCCCCCUCCCCUCGUCCCUAUCGCGCUUCACGGCGCUGCAGUCGUUGGUAGCGGCGCGCAACCGCAUGAGCGGCAGCAUCCCUGCAGGCGUGGCAUCGCUGAAGGCCCUGCAAGCCCUGGACCUGUCGUGGAACGGGCUGUCAGGAGCCAUCCCUGCGAUGCUGCGGGCGGCAGCCCCCUCCCUGUACGUACAGCUGGCUGGCAACGCCCUCUCUGGCUCUAUCCCCCAGCCCCUCUCCGACCUGCCCCUCUCCUGCUUCCGCCCCGGCAACCCCAAGCUCUGUGGGACACCCCUGCCCACCUGCAUGCUGUCCAAGCCCAGGAAGGGCUGGUUGUGAUACCGAUGUGGGACACCUAAGAGGGUUAA